CCCCCCCCCCGGCCCCCCUGGGCCCAGAAAGUGAAAGAAUGUUUGACCAUUUCAUGUGCUGUACUGCUAAAGCUGGGCGUUUGGUGCAAGGAUAUGAGCCAUGGAUUCCAAUGUUGCAUCAAAAACUAUAAACAGUACCAGUGAGAAUCUAUAUCUUGCUUCUGCUGAUGGUGAUCUGGCUGCUGUGAGUGCUCUCCUUGAGGAUGGUGCUGAUCCUAACUAUAUACCAGCAUCAAGUGACUACGGAUUGUGGAAUUCGUUGCAUGUUGCAUGUGCCAACGAUCGCCCUAAAGUUGUGGCAGCGCUUCUUGCAGACAAGAAGACCAAUGUUUUGGCUCUCGAUCGGAAAAAAUACACUCCUUUUCACUAUGCAUGCCUUUAUGGUUACACUGAUUGUAUUGAAGCAUUCAAGUCAAGUAUGGACGCUUUUCAUGGAUUCAGCUUUGAAGUCACUCUGAUUCAAGUUGCACUGGAGAAGGAACAGUUGGACGUUAUCAUGAAGUAUCUUAUCUCUGAAUUCCAAACUGACCCCAAAGAAAAAGACUGUGACGAUAUUCUUAACCUGUGUUGCUCCAAAGGAGAGAUUGGUUUUGUGAAACAAUUAAUGGAUGAGUAUCAUUGUGUCCCAAGCAAAUCCAAAGACCAUGUGUUUGGUCUAUGCUGUGAAGAAGGAGAACUUAACCUGGCAAAAGAAAUGGUGACAAAGUACAAUUGUGUACCGAGACCAGAUGACCUCGUAUCAGCCUGUGAAAAUAAUCAUUACGAGAUUGUCUGUUAUUUGCUUACUGACCUAACCUGCGAUCCGAAUGCACCAAACAUAUAUGGACAAACUCCACUAACAAAAGCUAAAAACAAGGAAGUCAUCCAAUUACUUUUGCAACACGGGGCCCAUGUCUCGGAUGUGUAUGAUCAGUAUUCUCGCUCAAUGGGUCUGAUAUCCAACAAGAAUCCUCUGGAGAAUCCAGUAAAGAUGUUCAUUAUUGGUCAUGGUGGUGAGGGAAAGAGUACUUUAAUAGCCGCCAUGCAAAUUGAAAAGCUUCGUAAAGCCGGUGAAGUGACUGGAGUUAGUCAACAAACGGCAGGAAUAGUUCCCAAAGUCUUUGAGAGUGAUAUAUACGGGUAUGUGCAGUUCUUUGAUUUUGCUGGUCAGGAGGCUUAUCAUAGCAGUCAUGCUGCUGUUAUUAAGUCGUCUGUUGUUGCUUGUCCCCCUGUCUUCAUUUUAGUUGUUGGUCUCCAUAGGCAAGAUGAUAAAGAGACUUUAUACUCGGUGGAGUAUUGGCUUAGUAUUGUUGCCAAUCAGUGCAUACGGAUGGAAGGAAAAGCUCCAUUAAUUGUCAUAGCUAGCCAUCUCGAUGAGGUGCCAGCUGAAACGAAAGAUCGAAAACAAAGAAUAAUUGAACGUGCAGUGAACAGAUAUCUGCAAUUUGAUUUCAUUGGAUUUGUAGCUAUGGAUUGUCGAUACCCAAAUACUACAGAAAUGAAAUCGUUGAGAAAGAUUGUUGGGAUUGCUUGCAGCCACAUUCGAUCCAAACUAUCUGUAAGCCUAAAUUCGCAUAUGUUUCUAGUAUAUCUUUUAGAUAAGCUUGGCAACGAAAUCUGGAUCACUUUGGAGCACUUUCAUUUAUCCAUUAAGGCUGCGCUGGACCAAGAGCCUCAUCAGAGGAAGGGAAAAAAUAAUAUUCUUCCUUUCAUACCAACUGAAUUCCCUCGACUCGUUGAAAUUUGCUUGCAAUUAAGUGACAAAGGGCACAUACUCUUCAUUGAAAAUAAACAAUCUCCUGGCAAAAGUUUCAUUAUUAUCGAUCCAACAAAAAUAACGGCAGAUGUCAAUGGUAGCAUAUUCGCUCCACCAAACUUCAAGGAACAUUGUAAACUUGCUUCAAGUACUGGUAUUGUGCCAAAAUCAAGGCUAGUUCGUCAUUUUUCUGGGUAUAGCAUUGAUAUGAUUGUUGGCUUUUUGUCACAUCAUGAGCUUGCAGUUCCGAUAGAAGAUAAGGAAGUUAUUCAACUGAUAAAACGACAGACAGUUGAAAAUGGACAAGAAACGGAGGUCUACCUGUUCUGUCCCGGUUUGAUUAGAUUAGAAGCUCCACCCGAGUCUUUGCAGACACAGCAAUACACCCACCAUUUUGGCUGGAUAAUUUAUUGCCGCAGGUCCGACAAAUUUUUUGAUAUUCGUCUCUUUCAAGUGCUGCUCUUGCGUCUAGCUUUGUCUCAAAAGCUCGCUCUUAGAAUAGAUGACUCCGUUCCCUCUAUACAGCACUUUUGCGCAGUAUGGAAAACAGGAAUCCAGUGGUGUACUAGCAAUGACAUUUCCGUGCUUGUUCAUCUCGGAGAUAACUCAAAAUCCAUUAACGUACAAAUGCAUACGCAAGGUGUAACUCUCGAAUUCAACCACCUUCGAUCGAAAUUGAUUAACAAUAUCAGUAAAGCUGUCAAAGAGCUUUGCCCCAUGGUAAGCACUAUUGAGUCACUUGUAAAUCCAUUAGAAGUCGAGUAUCCAAUGAAAUCUUAUUCAGAAUUGAAGUUGAUUGAUUUUCAAUCCAUAGCGGAGUCCAUUGUACGUUGCGAACCUUGUGUUGUAGUGAAUGGGACUAGCACGCUACGAUUGAAUAGGCUACUUCAGGUGGAGGUGUAUGCUGAUCUUGGUGAGUGUCUACUCCAAGCUCUUUUUAAUGAAGCUGACUCUGCAUCGCUCGAACAAGGUGUAUGCGAUGAGUUUUUGUAUGCUCUUAGUUCUAAGUGGGCUCGCCAACCUGAAGUCUUGAAUCAAAUUAAGGCCGCCUUUAUUCAAGACACUCGGAUAAUAGUCACAAGUGAUGCGCUUUAUUUUGCUCUAAGAAAGUGGCGAGCUAAACACAAUGGUACCUACGAAUCUAUCCGGUCAAUUCUUGAUGAGAUCAGUGUUUUUUCAGGAAAGAAUUUAUUGGAAUUGGCUAAAGUCCCUUUCAAACCAUUUGAUAAAAAUCAGCUCCCUCACGAAGAAACCCAAUCACUUGGACCACAAGCUCCAAAUUUCUUACCUUUCUCCCGGUCAGCCUCUAAUUCCACUUAUUCAGACAUAUCAACACCCUCAGGCUACGGCCGCGAUCCUUCAAAGAUGUCACCUGAAGAGUUUAAACAAUUUUUAGAGAAAACAAUUUUACUUCCAUUCAUCCCACAACCUUUGAUAUCUCCAUCGCCAAAUCAAGAUUCAAUUGCUGUGUCCAGUAUUGGUUCAGGUCGUCGAGAAGCAUUCACUUCAUUGCCACCUUCUACUAUUUCAGAAGAUGAUCUAGCUGAUGAUGACCAAGUAUAUCCACCAUCACCAAUUGAGGAAUACAGAAGGCCGAGUGCAUUUUUUCAAUUUCCAGUAAGACACUCAACAGUUCAUCGACACCAAUCUCUACCUAAUAGCUUUAAAAUGUCCGAACAACCAGAGUAUGAGCAACUCAGCCUAAAGAGACCAGGCGGGAAUCCUCCACUCAGUUUUUAUGAGCUAGUGUGUAUCUUAUGGGAUGCUCGCAAUAAUUGGAGGAAUCUUGGAAUGCAGUUGGGCAUCAACGACCCUACUCUGAAGGUGAUUGAGACGGAUCAUAAGUUGGUAGACUUUUGCUUCCUAACAAUGUUGGUGUGCUGGCUAUACCAUACUACCAACCCCACUCCAUCCAUAACUGCAUUGGUGGUUGCACUGAAAUCCCGUUCAGUUGAUGAAAAACAGAUAGCAAACAAGUUGAACCUGACUAUAUCAAGGAAAAAUGAAAAGUCCAACAGUAUUGAUGUACACACGCCGAUGCAAUGAGAGACUUGAUUCCAGUGCUCAGAGUGUGUGCAAACCUAAUUAUUUGUGACUGAACGACAUUUAUCUCAGAGUGUGUGCAAACUAUUGUAUUAAUGAACGACAUUUAUCUCAAGCCAUGCACUAGCUUGUCUAUAAUUAUAGCCCAAUGACAAAUUGACUCAGCGGCAAUUAUGUAUCUUUGUGCUCGUUUUUAUUGCAAUAGCUAAGUUUUAUAAUCAUGUCAUGCUGAAGGGUAGCCUCGAGACCACACCGAUUAAAAAUACGUAUUUUAAUCGGCCUGGUCGAGGCUAGCUGAAGGGGGGAAGACCACGCGUACAUGAAGCAUACAUGCAAUCUGUGAUAUGGCAUUAUGAUACUUUAGACACUAGUUGAUAAGAUCUACAUGGGAAGUACAUGGGAAAAGUGCCUCAGAGCUAUGGGACUUAGUAUACCUGCAAAUUUACUUAGUAUACCUAGUAUUCCGUUGUCAAGUAAUUGUAUUGUAGUCAAGCAGUUUGCGCAUGCGCACUAGUAUCUAAAUGAGUUAGACACUGUUUUGUCGGUGUCCAUGUGAUUUAGAAGCCCUCAGCCACUUUAGUACCCUUGCUACGCUCGGGAUACUAAAUCAGUGCCUUUGGGCUUCUAAAUCCCAUAGACACCUCCAAAACAGUGUCUAACUAUUAUAUAGUUCAUGCUUUUGAUUGUUAAAUAAUUAUGUAUCCGCACACUAGCUAGUGCUUUGAUUGUCACAAUAAUUCUACAAACUGCAUAGCACAAAGUCUCUUUCAACAUGUUUCUGCAUGAUCUGACGUAUUGUAUAAAAACAUCAAAAAUGAAUGUGGAUGUAUGCAUGCCUGGGCAACCAUACAGAUACUGGUAUGCAGGAUAGGAACUAUAAACUAUAGGGGAUAUGUAUUAUUCUGUAUUACCUUAGUUAGGUGGCUUGCUUGAAGGAUACAAGUUAGAUGGCUGCUUUGAGGAUACAGAGUUCGGCACAAUUAUAAUAGUGCGAUUGCACAAUUAACUUGCGAUGCUGGAAUAUAUAAAUGGCUUGCUUUAGGCAAAAUUACCAAAUCAAGACAUUGACUCAAUUAAAUCGAACAGUUCAAGCAUCGCUUAACUCAAUAAAAAUAAUGGCAGCCACCAUCAUUCUACUUCGCAACGUUCUUACUCAUCUCUAUUUGACAUACUCUUUGGGAAUCAUAUCAUUUGAUAACUUCAAGAACUUUCCAAGUAACUUUCAUCUCUAUGACGAUGGACCACAUCGCAACCUCCAAGUUUUCAACGACAGUGAUUUAAAGCUUCUCCACGUUCCUUCAUCUGGUUGCCGUCAAAAUUUCACACUGAAUUCCACUGGAAGUGAAGUAUACACUGAGACUCAGUUUUCUGUCGGUGUUAAGCUUUACAUUGCAGAUGAAAACAAUACUCGUCACUACCUACGAGUAAAUGCAGCCAAGGAUUUUGCUUUCGAGCUAGUGUGUCAAGACUAUGUUCGAAAUGUUACGGAAUCUGGCAAUCCGUGGUUCAGACAAGAGCUGGAGUUCGACCUUGUUACAGUCAACAUUGAUGAUAUUCUCGACAAUGUUCAAGACUUGAGUGGUAGUGGAAGUGUUGAAUAGCCAAUGUGCAUGGUGAUCAAAACACUCAUAAUUAUAAGUAGCACAGGUUUUAGAAAUUUAAUAUGCUCACAGUCAUUCAGGUGCUUAUUAGAAUCAUGAUUUAUUAUUUAAUGCUCUGCUGCAUAGAUCACUUAUUAGUUUUUUCUUUGUGAAGCGAAGAAUUAUUACAUCGUAUGUUCAUGCUGUUGUGGAAUUAAAGUUGAUUUUCCCGGGAA